GCACCCGCCCGUCAUAACAAUGGAAAAGGUGAAUAAUCAAGAAAUUGGUCAAUCGCGCAGAGACACAGAUCCAUUGCCACAAAGUUCUUCGUCGACCCACCAGCAGGCUUGUCCCAUCGAGUCCAAGAAGUCGAUUAAUAUUUUGCUGGAAGAACGGGGAAAAAACGAGUUGCCGCGCAAAACCCAGUCGGACAGCAGCUUCCAGCACAGUCAGACCUCCUUGUUGAAUCCGGCGAAACGCUUGCGGCGCACCAGCUCCGAACAAUUAGCGAGAAGUCGAGUGGAUCGAGUAAAUCCUCCAGAACCUGAUCUAUCGCUGCCGGCAAGAUGCAACAGCAGUGCCUGCACGAUUGGAAGCGCAGAACUGACAGUAACUGACUCGCAAUCCUCGGGAUAUACCACGGAAAGCAGCUACCAGACGGCCACGGCCGGCAGCAACUACAGCCUGAGCAGCACGUCCUACAUCAGCCAGCAGCGGCCCUAUCCGGGCAACUAUCUACACGAAAUCCAUGUGGCCGUGGAGGCCAACACAACGGAUGCACACGUCCAGGCCAUACGCGACGACCUGCGCAACCUGCUUUGCAACGAGGUGGCACUCAUUCACGAGGCAUCCGGCGGGAACAGGCAAGCCAUAUAUCUAAUUGCCUAUCAGUACAUGUAGAGAGUGCGAUUGUUUUUCAAAUACAAUUUCUAAAUUUCUAGUCUCGCUUAA